AUGAAGCAUCCUGCCCUGCCAUUUUGUUUUCUGAUAUGGUCGUUGAACUAUGCCACUGGAGCUGAAGUGAUCAGAGUUGGUUUGCUAUUUGUCGAUAAUGUCACAGAACUUGAGCCCGCUAUCGGCUACAGGUCAGAACAUUCGGAAUCUUACGCGGGAUUCUCCAUACUGUUUGACGAAUGUAACGAGCAGCUAGCCGCCGGAGGAACCUUCCAGCUUAUCAACGAACACCAUGUGAAUGUCAUCAUCGGACCCACUUGCAGCGACCCAACUAUUACGUCGGCCAUUAUAUCUGCUUAUUACAACGUUCCAAUUCUAACAUGGGGUCUCAGCACAUCUUCAGUGAUUGACAACGUCAAUCGCUUUCCAACCACCGGUGUACUGUCCGUGAACUCUUUCAGUCUUGGGAUAGCUGUGCGAUCUAUUCUACUGGCGUUUGAAUGGGAUCAAUUCGCAUUACUUUAUUCGAAUGUCGGUGAUUACGAUUCGUCAUGUAAAGCAAUGAAAAAUGACUUGCAGAAUGUCGUCAAUCGUUUUGAUGAUUUGACAAUAAAUUUCGUUACUGAUGUGAUGGAGAUGACGCUCGAUUAUGUGAAGAAAGUGAUGCAUUACACUGCUGAACGAGCACGAAUUGUUGUCGUUUGCGUAGAUGACGAGAUCAAGCGAGAAUUCAUACUCUACUUGAAGGAUGCUGGCUAUUUGAGAGACGAUUUUAUAUAUAUUUUUGCUGAUUCGGAUUCGGACGGAUUUUACGUCAGAAAUUCCGAUGGACAGGAACAUUACGUUUGGCAAGACCUCAAGAAUACGACAGAUGGAAGAGACGAAGAAGCCAAAGAUGCAUUCACAUAUGUGUUCUCGAUUACUAGUCACAGAGGUGCAGCUGGAAACAAGGAGAAAUACAAUCAAUUCGGUGAAGAGGUCAUAAGGCGAAUGAAGGAUCCACCAUUCAGUUGCACUACUCAAUGUAGUGGCAAAGAAUACCAAACGCAAAUUGUCAAGAACGUCCGUCCACAGCCAGCCGUCUAUUAG